AUGGUCGACCGCAAGGCUGUGAUUAAGAAUGCCGAUAUGUCUGAGGACAUGCAACAAGAUGCCAUCGACUGUGCAACGCAAGCGCUUGAAAAAACGCUGUAUGCUUCCGAUUAUUCAAGGUACAACAUCGAAAAGGACAUUGCUGCAUACAUCAAGAAGGAGUUCGAUAAGAAAUACAACCCUACGUGGCACUGCAUUGUGGGCAGGAACUUUGGCUCGUGA